UUGCGUAUGGCAUAUUUCCCUUGACUCAGUUUUCUUCAACUUAACUGCAGGAGUCGAGAAGUUUAUUAUUUUUACCGACGCUGACAACAAAUCUACCAAUUAUAUUCCACUGGACUCCAAGUCUUUCAUUCCAUUAACUUUGCUCAAGCAUCCUGACAAUCAGCAACCUGUUGCACUGGACUAUGAUCCCGUUGAAGAUCGAGUGUACUGGUCAGACAUUGCUCAAGGUCGAAUCAUCAGCGCAUUUUUCAAUGCCACCUCAGUGAACAAUUUGUUUCGCUGCAAUGUUCAAUCGCCAGAUGGAUUAGCCAUUGACUACGUGGGAAGAAAUAUUUAUUGGACAGAUACAGGGACCAAUAGGAUUGAAGUAGGACGGCUUGAUGGAACUGGAAGGAAACUGUUGAUCAAAGAUGGACUUGAUGAGCCCAGGGCCAUUGUACUUGAUGAGAGAAAUGGCAUGAUGUACUGGACAGACUGGGGCGCUAAUCCGAGGAUCGAACAAGCUGAGAUGGAUGGUUCAGCGAGACGAACCAUUGUAACACGAAACCUUGUCUGGCCAAAUGGACUUACUAUCGACCAACUCACAAAUCGCUUGUUUUGGGUUGAUGCUAAACUUGACAAAAUCGAGGUAUCAGACCUCAAUGGAAGAAACAGACAGUUAAUAAUGUUAUCUGCGGUUAAUAUCCAUCCAUAUGGACUGGCGGUGUAUCUGGACAUGUUAUAUUGGACUGAUUGGCAUACCACGAGCAUUUCACGUUUUAACUUAAGCAGUGGAAACCAGGAAAUCGUAGUCAGUGGCCUCCAAAAACCGAUGGACAUUCACGUAUUUGAUCAAGCCUUAAUAUUUUCAGGUUCUCAUAAUUUUUCUCAGAACAAUGGACUCUGUAGCGAUUUUCGCCUUCUAAAGCCAGGAGGCUACCAGUGCGCAUGUCCAACGGGCAUCGUUCUAAAGUCUGAUGGGAAAACAUGUGACCAUGUAAAUCGCUGUCUUCAGUUGACCGCCCCUGCCCAAGGAAGCUUAGCGCCGUGUGAUAAUUUGCCAGGACACUCCUGUCACUUUUUUUGUGACAGCGGGUACAUCCUGACUGGGUCAGCAACUCGUACAUGUAACAGCAGUGGACAAUGGACGGGCACACAGCCUCAGUGCAAAGAUAACACACCACCUUCCUUCAACAACACCUGCCCCAAAAGUAUGGUGUUCCAUGCUACUGAAUGUUCGUCCAGCGCCUUACUCACAUGGAAUGAACCAGUGGCGACUGACAACUCUGGUCACGUGUCUAUCAGCUACCCUGCCAUUCGUCCUCCUGUCAACCUUAGUAUCGGUCUGUAUAAUGUACGGUAUUCCGCGAUAGACAACAAUGAAAAUCAAGCUUUCUGCACUUUUAUCGUGCAAGUAGAAAGAAGGUCAUGCCCAGUCCUCAAGCCACCAAUUCAUGGAUCCAUAACCUCUCUUUCAUGCGGAUCCUCAUUUGGUUCCCAGGCUUCACUUGCUUGUGACACAGGAUACCGAAUGGCUGGGUCUCGUUUGCGCUCAUGCAGAGCAGAUGGAACAUGGUCAGGCAACGUGACUACAUGUAACAAAAGAUAUAAAGAGGCGCCUAAAGACAAACAAGGUGACCCCACUUUACCAGCAGCUGUCACAGGAUCCCUUAUAGUCAUUACACUCAUUGUGUUCAUCGGCGUUUUUGUGUGGAAGCACCAUUUCCUUAGAAUAUCCAAUGAGGAAAUUAUGGGACAAAGCAAUUCAGCUUAUGUGGUUGAUACACUGGAUGGCAUUGAAGAACUAGAAAACAGUUCCUCUAGCAGCUCUAGGUCUCCAAGUCUUCAGAUUGAAAAUGAAGCAGAUCAGGAUUCAUCGAACUGCAGCAACGAAACUCUGAGCAAUCACGUUCCCACGUCAUUUCCAAAAUACAUCACAAAUAUAGAGGCCACAUUCACCAAUACUGGUGGAGAAUUGUGCGCGCCUUUGAACUCUGACGUGCGUAUUAUUGUUCCUAGCGGUGCAGUUCCCGCAGGAAUAAAUCAACCCGUCUUCUUUAGAGUGUUCUCAGACGAGACAACAUUGUUGCGGAAUAUCCCGGAAGCACCCAAUAGAACUCUCAUUUCUCCCGUGGUUGAAUGCGGGCCUCAUGACAUCCACCUGUCAAAGCCUGUAGAAAUUAUCGUUCCGCAUUGCCUCUGCUUAAGCGAAGCUAAAAAGGAAUCGAUAACUGUUUACAGAUGUAGCAGGUUUUCUGCUGGAGUCGAAGGUCGCUUAAGCUGGGAGAGAGUGCCCAAUAAAUCGGAAAAAAGCAGUCAGUCCAAGUGUUGGUUUAUGGUGGAAAAGGACUCUGUUCGCAUAAAAACCAAGACGUUUUCUCUCUGGAGCAUAUUUGCCUGUGGCGGGCCAAAGAGGAAGAGAGCGACAGUUUUUGCCAGCAGACCAGAUCCUAGAAGCGACCUUAUUUACUUAAGAUUUUACGUCUACAGUGAUAACGAGGAUUCUAAGAGGCGCGUGGAGUUGAAAGAUAGAGAACGGUUUCCUGAAUCGAAGCCAGCGAAAGAGAAGCCCUUCAGAAUGAUCAGUGACAACACAGUGAUCACAGUAAAACUCACCAAUCUUGAAGAUGGCUGGGAAUUGGACAAGACCAACGAUACCCAGGUAUACAACUACAGGAGAGCCAGCGGAAGUGGGUUUCGCUCAAAGGAUUCCUGUGAUUUUGCUGUGAAACCAGAGGACGGUCGAGAUGUCAAUGGGUUUUCUUGUAUCGUAAAGUUUCAACAGGAAGACGGCGAAGAAGAUCACGAAUAUUCCAUCUACGUGAAUCCAGGCUUCACGCCUUUGAGGCGGCAGAGCAUCCGGCAAAGUAAUGCAGAAGGCAGCCGAAGUGACACUACCCCUAGUGGCGCUUGUGCGAUUGCUGAAAGAUCGAGAGCGCCAGAAGAAGAAGAUGUCAGUCACGAAGGAAGGAUUCCAGAUUCUUCACAAGGCGAAGGAUCCGGAGACUGUGGCCACUUUGACGAAAUGGUGACCGAGAGACUUUGCUUUUUCAUAAGCCCCUAUGUUGGAGGUAACUGGAAACGCGUUCUGCGAAACCUGUCAAUGGAUGAGAUGGCCAUUAGAAAUUUGGACGAGGAUUUCAGGAACUGUAAAGUUGCUGAAAAGUGCUACGAGGGGCUUUUAGCAUGGAAGGAAAGUCUUGGUCACCAGCGAGCAACGAUUACAAAACUGUGUGACGCCCUGCAUCUCGUGGGUUGCCCAGAAGCACUGAAAUGUGUCGAGGAGAGACAAUAUAUCACAUAACAUUGACCAGCUGAUAAAUUUGAAUAGACUUAAAAAUGCAUGCUAGCUGAGUGAAAUGUGUUCGAUUCUCUUUGUGGUAGCCGACUCGGUGGAUCAUCCUUACCACCCUGUUUCCAUUUCAAGUGGCGAGAGAUUUUGCUUUGCAUCCACACCCAGUGGUGAAUGCGCUGCUGCGAGAUUUUCCCGCGUAACUUGCUAACACAGCAAAUUAAAGAAAUGCUUCUCCUAGAAAAAAGAAACAAUUAUAAAUUUGCUAGGAACUAGAAAGCUAUACUAGAAAUUCCGGAAGAAGUUGUAUCAAAUCUGAAAUAGGCUCAACCUGUUCGUCCGUUUCACUAGGUGUACAGGAAUACAACGAUCAUAAUAUGAGGUUUUAUCGUGCAGCCGCGGCAUGCAAAUCAGCCUAGCCUUUGAAUUUUCUAGGAAGACAAGGCUCUGCUAAACUUGGGGUUACUCCCGGAGAGUGUUCAGCAAGUAGUAAUGGAAUGCAAAUGCCUCUCCAUUACAUGCAUGUAGCUGAAAAGAUACCUGAACUGAAAAUGCAGCGUGAGAAAAGAUUUUGAUUUUGUACAAUUUCUUUCCCAGGAAACUUUGCUAUUAGCUGAAAGGAGGUUAAAAACAUCCAUUUCGCGUUCGAUCCUUGUCAACUGGCCUAACAUAAAACUAUUAAUGUUUUAGUAAACCUUCAAGGCUAGAGUUAUGUUUAGUUGUUAAACCUUAGGCCUAUAGUAUAAAAAGCUCUUAUGUCUGUAAAGAAUUGAUUAGAUAGUAACACUUACAUUAUGUAAAAUGGAUCCCAAGGCAUGCCGUUAAAAAUUGUGUUCUUUGAAUUAGCUCCGCAGAAAUUUUCAGGUUGUCUUUGACAUUCUGUUUUACUUAGCAUGAACACUUUCUUCAAA